CAAAACAAAGAAAAACUGUGCAACCAAAAAUUACGAAAGUGAAAGAAAAAAGAAAUAGAAAUGUCAUCUCUUUCAAGCGAAAUUUCUUAAGAUUCCUUUUUCAGUCACAUCUCAAUCACUUUGUGGCUAAAGUAUUUGCCAAAUCUUAAUGGCAUUCUACAGCUCCAGCCACUACGAGACUGAUGAUCAUGGUGAGUAUUAUUUAACCCCUUAUGCUGAUGAUCUUUCUGCUCCACUUGAACUAGAUCAAGGGCCAACAAUAUCUUAUUCUAGCAAUGAACCCAGUUUUCAAAACUUCCUCGAGUAUGAUCCAACCCCAUAUUUUCAUGCUUUUCAUUCAUACUCUGCCUCUCCUUGUUGUAGCAAGCCAAUAUCCAUUGAAUACAACCCGAAGUUUUAUGAGCAGAGUUAUGAUACUCAAUUCUUGAUCUCUUACUCUGUAUCUGAGUUUAAUGAGCCUGAUUUUGAAGAAUAUGAUCCUACACCUUAUGAUGGUGGGUUUGAUAUUGCUCAAGUGUAUGGAAAGCCCCUUUCACCUUCAGAUGAAACUUGUUAUCCUUUGAAUGGUGGAUCUGUGUCUGUCACACCAUUAGGUGGUAAUAAAGAGCAAAUUAAUGAGCAAGCAGCAAAACCCAUCAAUGGAAGCCAACCAAUCCCGGCUAUUGAAGAAGAGCAGAUGCAGCACCAAGAGAGCAGGGAAGAUCAGCCAAGUCAAGAGAGCACUGACCAGGGAAAGCCUGAUCAUCAAGUUGAGGAAGUUGAAGAAAGUAAGGGAAGUGAUCAUGAACACAAUCUUGGGUCUUUAAGCCAUGGAUAUGAGAAGCAAGCUCAUCAAAUUCCUAGUGGUUAUGGAUUGGAAGCCAUGGACAUUUGUGAGAGUUUAUUUGGCUACUGGCCUUGCCUGUCUCAUGAUUUUAAGAGAGGGAAUGAUACUGGUCAAGGGUUUUCUGGGGAGGGAAUAUACGGCAACCCAUGGGAAGGAACUGCAGAUUAUCUUUUUGGAAGCUCAAAUCCAUAUGGAGAAAGAAGAGAUGAAGAGAGUUACUAUGGGGGAUCUGUUUAUGCCUAUGAAAGACAUUAUCUAGAACAGCCUCAGAAUAGGCAGGGUUGAGAGCACGAGGAAGAUUCAUUAUUGUUACAUAAAUUCAAGUUGUCUUGAAGAUUGUAAGAGCUUUUGGCAGCUUUUUGGGCACACAUGUUUUCUCUCUGUCACAGAGUCUUGGUUUGUAAGGAUAAAUAAUUAUGUUGGACAAAAUUUUCUUAAUGGCUCUUUCUUUUUCUUAA